GCUCACCUACAGGGGUCUGGGGCCAUAUAGCUGGGCCUGGAAGAACUGUUCCAGGGCUAGGAAGUCCUUUAUAGCUACCCAGAGGAGCGGGAUGUACCCACGAAGGGAGAGAGGCAAAUACUGAGAUGUUCUGAGAGGCCUGGAUGGGUCUCUAGCUGUCUGGGGAGUGUCUAAUCUGGGUGACAGGAGGCUGGGGGCACUUAGAAGGACCUGGAACCAUCUAGGUGGCUUUGAGUGUGACUGCAAAUUCGAAUGCCUUGUGGGGGGGGGCAUAUAACUGCGUGGAGAUAAGACAAUGAAGAGUAUUGGAAAAUUUGCCCAGCUGUAUUGUACUUGCCCUUAGAAAGUAAUUCAAAUGCACAAUGUUGAAAAAUUCUGCGUGGCCCUGGGGCUACAGAGAGAGUUAGAAUCAGUCCUCCUUGGUCUGGGAAAGUCUAUAGGAUCGGCUAGACUCAUCUAGUGCUGUGCUUUUCAAACUCUUUUGACCUUGAUCUACAGUGAGAAAUACAUUUUUUCAUUGAGACCCAGUGUACACCGUCAUAUGAAUUUCAUACCCAAGUCCCAUUAAUUAGUAUUUCCAUUUACUUGUGAUGUAUUGUGAAGAAUCUUCUACUGUGUUCGAUUUGCUUUGAUAACAAGCUAUUUGUGAAGCACUGAACUAUCAAGUCUAUAGUUUGGGAAACUGAUCUAGAGGGACCUAGCAGCGUCUGCAGAGGCUUCUCAGGUCUAAAAGACCUAACUAAGGAGCCAGGGGUGUGUCUGCAAAGCCUGGGGCAUGUGUGAAUGGGCAAGGGAGGAUAUUCAUUCUACAGAGGGUUUGGGGCUCUGUGGGUCUGUAAUCAGCACAUCUUGAUUAAGCUUCUCUUAUGUGACAGACGCUGUUCUACAUAGCGUGUGCUCCCCCCAGCCCCACCCAGGUGCCCAGGUGCUGGAGAGCAGCCCCAGGGCUGGGAACUGUCCAGAGGGGCUUAUCAUGGUGACCAUGGAGGAAGAAGAUGAGUCUCGAGGGAAGACAGAGGAGUCAGGCGAGGAUCGGGGUGACGGUCCGCCAGACAGAGACCCUUCGCUUUCUCCUUCUGCUUUUAUCUUGCGGGCCAUUCAGCAGGCUGUGGGAAGUUCCCUGCAGGGGGACCUGCCAAAUGAUAAAGAUGGUUCUCGGUGUCAUGGCCUUCGAUGGAGGCGCUGUCGGAGCCCACGUUCAGAGCCCCGUUCCCAGGAAUCAGGGGGGACUGACACGGCUUCUGUGUUGGACGUGGCUGCCGAUGGCCUCCUCGCGGGGCUGGUGAGCAUCCUGGAUCCCCCAGAUACCUGGGUUCCCAGCCACCUGGAUCUGCGGCCUGGCGAAAGCGAGGACAUGCUGGAGCUGGUGGCCGAGGUCCGAAUUGGGGACAGGGAUCCAGUCCCUCUUCCCGUACCCAGCCUGCUGCCCCGUGUCAGGGCCUGGAGGACGGGCAAAACGGUUUCUCCACAGUCUCACUCUUCUCGACCCACCUGUGCCCGCCACCUCCUCACCUUGGGCACUGGAGACGGGGGCCCUGCUCCGCCCCCUGCCCCCUCCUCUGCCUCCUCUUCGCCUUCCCCUUCCCCCUCAUCAUCCUCCCCUUCCCCGCCUCCCCCUCCACCACCCCCGGCCCCCCCGGCCCCUCCUGCACCCCGGUUUGAUAUCUAUGACCCCUUCCACCCCACCGACGAGGCCUAUUCCCCACCGCCUGCUCCAGAGCAGAAGUACGACCCCUUCGAGCCCACUGGCUCCAACCCCAGCUCAUCGGCGGGGACCCCCUCACCUGAGGAGGAGGAGGAGGAGGAGGAAGAGGAGGAGGAGGAGGAAGAGGAAGAAGAGGAGGAGGAAGGCCUGUCCCAGAGCAUCAGCCGCAUCUCAGAGACCCUGGCGGGCAUCUACGACGACAACAGCCUGAGCCAGGACUUCCCAGGUGACGAGAGCCCGGGCCCGGACCCCCAGCCCCUGCAGCCGACUCCAGCCCCUGGCACACCGCCCCAGGCCGACUCCACCCGGGCCGACGGAGCCACCCGCCGGCGCGUCUUUGUAGUGGGGACCGAGGCGGAGGCCUGUAGGGAAGGCAAGGUCUCCGUGGAGGUGGUGACGGCCGGUGGCGCCGCCCUCCCGCCCCCUCUGCUGCCACCGGGCGACUCAGAGAUUGAGGAGGGCGAGAUUGUCCAGCCUGAGGAGGAGCCCAGGAUGGCGCUCUCCCUCUUCCGGGCCGGCGGCCGGGCCGCACGACCCCCUCCGGCGGCCCCGGCCCCCCCUGCGGCCCAGCCCCCGCCCCCGCCGCCCGCCCCCCGGGCCCCCGAGGGGGACGACUUUUUGUCUCUGCACGCGGAGUCCGACGGCGAGGGCGCCCUGCAGGUGGACCUGGGGGAGCCGGCCCCCGCCCCGCCCACCGCAGACGCGCGCUGGGGCGGCCUGGACCUGCGCCGCAAGAUCCUGACCCAGCGGCGCGAGCGCUACCGGCAGCGCUCGCCCUCCCCGGCCGCCGCCCCAGCCUCCGCUGCCCCCACUGGCCCGCCCACCCGCAAGAAGUCGAGGCGGGAGCGCAAGAGGAGCGGCGGCGAGGCCAAGGAGGCCGCCUCGUCCUCCUCCGGCGCGCAGCCCGCCCCGCCGGCCCCGGCCUCCCCCUGGGACUCCAAGAAGCACCGCUCCCGGGACCGCAAGCCGGGUUCCCACGCCUCGUCGUCCGCCCGCCGCCGCUCGCGGUCCCGCUCCGCUCGCCGCCGCUCGCGGAGCACCGACCGGCGCCGCGGGGGCAGCCGCAGGUCCCGGUCCCGGGAGAAAAGGAGGCGGCGGCGGCGCUCGAACUCCCCGCCCCCGGCCACCUCCUCGUCGUCGUCUUCCAGGCGCGAGCGGCACCGCGGCAAGCACCGGGAUGGCGGCGGCAGCAAGAAGAAGAAGAAGCGGUCGCGGUCCCGGGGCGAGAAGCGGUCUGGGGACAGUGAGAAGGGCCCUGCCCCGGCCCAGCCGCCCUCCGGCUCCACCUCCUUGGGCGGAGAGCGCGACAGCCGCCGCCGGGGGGCCGUGCCGCCCUCCAUCCAGGACCUCACGGACCAUGAUCUCUUUGCCAUCAAGCGGACCAUCACCGUGGGCCGGCUGGACAAGCCUGACCCCCGCGGCCCCUCACCGGCUCCGGCCUUAUCGCCCAAGCGCGAGGUCCUAUACGACUCCGAGGGACUGAGCGCCGAGGAGCGGGGAGGCAAGAGCAGUGAGAAGGACCGGCGCCGCUCUGGGGCUGCCUCCUCCUCCUCUUCCUCCCGGGAGAAGGGAUCGCGGCGGAAGGCACUGGACGGGGGGGAUCGGGACCGGGACAGGGACAGAGAGAGGGACAGGGACAGGUCAUCCAAGAAGGCCCGGCCCCCCAAGGAGUUGGCGCCCUCCUCAGGGCCCCCGCCAAAGCCACCUGUCAGCAGCGGCUCAGGCUCCUCGUCCUCGUCGUCCUCCUCAUCCUCCCGGAAGGUGAAGCUACAGUCCAAGGUGGCCGUGCUGAUCCGAGAGGGUGUCAGCAGCACCACACCAGCCAAGGAGGCCACGUCUGCUGGCCUGGGCUCCAUCGGAGUCAAGUUCAGCCGAGACCGAGAGAGCCGCUCCCCCUUCCUCAAGCCGGAUGAGCGGGCCCCUGCUGAGGUGGCCAAAGCAGCUCAGGGCAGCACCAAGCCCAAAAAGACCAAGGUCAAGGCCAAGGCUGGGGCCAAGAAAGCCAAGGGGACCAAGGGAAAGACCAAGCCAUCCAAGACCAGGAAAAAGAUCCGCAGCGGUGGGGGCAGCAGCGGAGGCAGCAGUGGCCCUGUGACACUGAAGAAGUCCAAGGCGGAUAGCUGCAGCCAGGCGGCGGGAGCCAAAGGGGCCGAGGAGACUUCCUGGUCCGGGGAAGAGCGGGCAUCGAAGGCCCCUAGCACCCCGCCCCCCAAGGCGGCCCCUCCACCCCCUGCUCUCACGCCCGACUCACAGACUGUGGAUAGCAGCUGCAAGACACCUGAGGUCUCCUUCCUGCCAGAAGAGGCCACUGAGGAGGCUGGAGUCCGAGGUGGGGCAGAGGAGGAGGACGAGGAAGAAGAGGAGGAGGAGGAGGAGGAGGAGCAGCAGCAGCCGGCCACCACCACGGCCACCAGCACGGCCGCUGCCGCUCCCAGCACCGCCCCUAGUGCGGGGUCCACGGCUGGUGACUCGGGGGCGGAGGAUGGGCCAGCCCCCCGUGUCUCCCAGCUGCCCACACUGCCCCCACCCAUGCCCUGGAGCCUGCCCGCUGGUGUAGACUGCACUACCAGCGGUGUCCUGGCCUUGACUGCACUUCUCUUCAAGAUGGAAGAAGCCAAUCUGGCAAGCCGAGCAAAGGCCCAGGAGCUGAUCCAGGCCACCAACCAGAUCCUCAGCCACAGGAAGCCCCCCUCAAGUCUGGGGGUGACGCCAGCUCCUGUGCCCACCUCUCUGGGUCUGCCCCCUGGCCCCUCCAGCUACCUGCUCCCUGGCAGCCUCCCCCUGGGGGGCUGUGGCUCUACCCCUCCCACGCCCACUGGGCUGGCUGCAGCGUCUGACAAGAGAGAGGGCAGCAGCAGCUCCGAGGGACGUGGUGACACAGACAAGUAUCUGAAGAAGCUGCACACGCAGGAGCGGGCAGUAGAGGAGGUGAAGCUGGCCAUCAAGCCGUAUUAUCAGAAGAAGGACAUCACCAAGGAGGAGUACAAGGACAUCCUGAGGAAGGCCGUCCACAAGAUCUGCCACAGCAAAAGUGGGGAGAUCAACCCGGUGAAGGUGAGCAACCUGGUGCGCGCCUACGUCCAACGCUACCGCUACUUCCGCAAGCACGGCCGCAAGCCGGGGGACCCCCCGGGGCCCCCACGGCCGCCCAAGGAGCCGGGACCCCCUGAUAAGGGCGGCCCGGGCCUGCCCCUGCCCCCUCUCUGAGAUCCCCAGCCGCCCCUUUCUUCCUUUGCUGCCUCUCUGGAAUUCUGGACGUAUUUAUGGCUCUGCCUCCCUACGUCCCUCCCCUGUCAGUGGGAUGAUUGGGGGAGGGUUGCUGCGGGAAAGAGGAGAGCCCCCUGCCCAGCCCCACUGCCAUCUCCCUCGCCCCAAGCCUGUGCCCAUCGCCCCUCCCCUCUGUUCGUGCCCCUACCCCAAUUUCAUUAAAGAUUUCAUGAAAUGUUACCCCUGA